CUUUUAAUUUUAAUUUAUUUUAUGUAGCGUUCAAGCAGUUAACAGUCAUGAUCAGUUGUCCUUACAAAUUGAAGAUGGUGUAUGAUUUUAUCUUCUGACUCGAUAAUGGGAUAAAUCUCAUUAUUUCGUUGAGAUGCAGUCAUCAAAUCAGAUGCUAACUUCAGUGUUGUGUUUUCCUCCUUAAAAAGUGGAGGAGUUUACCACAUUCAUCAUGGUUCAACAUGUUUCCUAUCACAACACUGAGCGGAAAAAAGAUUACCAUGACCUUUAGAAAGAGAUGAAGAGGGAAAAAAAUAAAGCAGGAUUUAAUUUUCUGAUGCUUUUUAAUUUGAAUUUUUAUGUUUUCUAGCUCAAAAUAUGCCAUUUAAACCAAUUUAAUACCCACCAAAGAGGCUUGAUAGCACAUUAUUUAAUAUAAGACUCAUGUAUUUUGUCUCAAAACGUGAUGAUUUGAGAAAAUGAGAGCGUUGGCUAUUACAGAUUGAUAUCAUGAUACAGCCUCAACCUCUUCCUGUUCAUAUUAGCUGACCUGCAUUGAUCGGAGCGGUGUAUCAUCAGCGUUUGGCGCCGGGGUUUUUUUUGUGUGUGCUUUCUUUCCACCUAACCGAGGGUCACGCCGACACAAGUCACCGCGACCCGCCGUUCUCCUCUCUGCUGUUUGCUCUGCAGUGACCACACGAUGACAAACAAACAAUCGGCCUUCCUGGUGUGGCGCGGAUCAAAGUGUAGCUCUGUCACACCGGGGGAAUGAAGAGGAGAGAGGUGGACUUGAAGGGAAAGAAAUCAUGGUGCAUCUAAACCUGAGACAUUCGACUCGCUCCAUCUACCUGGGCCUGGCGUGUGUGUCCUUAACUCUCCACCUUCUUCUGGCCUUGUUUUGCCUCUCCGUCCUCCAGUCCGCCUGUGUCCUUCCCACUUCCUCCUCAUCCUCCGUUCCAAGGAUAGAUCCAGUCUCGCACGCCUCCUCCUCCUCUUCUUCUGCUGCCUCAAAUAAACAAGCCAACAGCCGCCAACACGGCGAUGGUCACAAGCCCAGCGUCGGUGGCACGAUUGACCACGCAGGGAACGACUCGUUCAGCGAGGAUCUGGAGAAGGCGAAGAAACUAAUCGGAGUUGGAAAAGUGAGCAAAAAGGAGAGCAGUCGCUCCAAGCUGGAGGAGCUGUUCAGACAUCCUUUAUACAACCUGCCACGCCCGAAACUGCAGGAAGACGAUUGGCUGCUGAGGCUGAAAACAGAUGCAGAGGCAGAGGAAACUGAACAGGAAGAAAAAUCGAAUCGAGACUCCGUCACUAGCGACAGCGACUGGCAAAGUGCCAGUGAAGAGGAAGGCUAUGAUAAAGUCACCUGGACCAGAGAUGAGGAGACCCACCCUCCCUGGCUGAGGUUCCACCUGGGCAUCUCUCGCUGGGAGCUGUACGACAGGAAAGACCUCAACCUGGCCCAGCUGACUCAUUACUUGGCGACGCAGCGCAUCCUGGGGGCCGUUCAAAAGAAAGGAGGCACCCAGCUGAAGCUGCUCGUAUCGUUCCCAAACUACGGCCAGGCUCUGCUCAAACCCAUGAGACAAUCCAGGGACGCUGAGACGGAUGAAAACCUGUUUUAUUUCUCCGACUUUGAGCGACACAACGCAGAGAUCGCUGCCUUCCAUCUCGACAGAGUGCUGGGCUUUAACAGAAUCCCCCCGGUGGUCGGUCGACUUAUCAACGUCACCACACAGAUCAGAGAGGUCACCACUGACGAGAGGCUCUCCAGGACCUUCUUCACCUCCCCAGCCGGAAACGUGUGUUUCUACGGUAAGUGCGAGUACUACUGCUCAGUGGAGCACCCGGUAUGUGGCCGGCCUCACGCGCUGGAGGUGUCCCUCGCUACCAUGCUGCCCGACCUCAGCCUGGCUCCCCGCAGAUCCUGGAGGUCACCGUGGAGACGGUCCUACAGCCGCACAAAGCUGGCACACUGGGAAAAGGACGCUGCUUACUGUGACACCGUGAAGGAGACGCCUCCGUACAACCGCGGCACCAGACUGGUGGAUCUCAUCGACAUGGCUGUGCUGGACUUCCUCAUGAGCAACAUGGACCGACAUCACUACGAGACGUUUGAGGAAUUUGGCAACGAGACUUUCCUCCUUCACCUGGACAACGGUCGGGCAUUUGGGCGACAUUCUCAGGACGAGCCGUCUAUUUUAGCUCCUUUGGUGCAGUGUUGCAGAAUCCGUCGCUCCACCCUCCUCCGCCUGAGGCUCUUGUCCCGUCCUGACUUUCGUCUGAGUGAUGUCAUGCGGGAGUCGUUGGCCCAGGAUCCGCUCACAGCCGUGGCCCCCCUCCUCUCCGAGCCACACCUGUCUGCUUUGGAUCGACGCCUAGCAACCGUUUUGGCGGCCGUUCAGUCUUGCCAGGACAGGAACGAGGAUGUCGUUUAUAACGAUUUGGAUGAACACGACGAUCAACAGCUUGGGGAAAAUCCGUGACAAUAAAUUAUAUAUUUUCUA